UGAAUAUUGUACCACAAGAAAUCUCAAUAAGCUCUGUUUUCUAUAUUCAACUGAAUUCGAAGCUGAUUCAUAACAAUUUCUUCAAUUAUUUCUCAACAAUCGCUCACUCAAAUUCUCCUUCCAUUAAUCAGUGAAACAUGAUGAAGAUCGAUUUCAGUGGGCUUGAUCCCUCCUUGCCGGUUAAGGGAAAUGCAGAGGAUUUGGAUGACGAGAUUUUGGCUGCACCGUCGUUUAAACUUCCCGUCACUGUUGAUUUUGAUGGGUUUCAGAAAGCAGCAGUACAGAUGGUGAAGCCGGCAAAGGGAACGACGACUCUGGCGUUUAUAUUCAAGCACGGUGUCAUGGUGGCUGCUGAUUCCCGUGCCAGCAUGGGAGGCUAUAUUUCAUCACAAUCUGUCAAGAAAAUUAUAGAAAUCAAUCCAUACAUGCUUGGUACAAUGGCUGGAGGAGCUGCUGACUGCCAGUUCUGGCACAGAAAUCUCGGAAUUAAGUGUCGUUUACAUGAAUUGGCAAAUAAGAGAAGAAUUUCCGUUGCCGGAGCUUCAAAAUUGUUGGCGAACAUCCUGUAUUCCUAUCGAGGAAUGGGUUUGUCUGUUGGAACUAUGAUAGCUGGCUAUGAUGAAUCGGGCCCUGGCCUUUAUUAUGUUGACAGCGAUGGUGGUCGGCUUAAAGGCACCAGAUUCUCAGUUGGGUCUGGUUCUCCAUAUGCUUAUGGUGUUUUGGACAGUGGAUACCGCUUUGAUCUGUCUGUUGAGGAUGCUGCUGAGCUGGCUAGAAGAGCAAUAUAUCAUGCCACAUUCCGUGAUGGAGCCAGUGGUGGUGUUGCCAGCGUAUACCAUGUAGGCCCAGGUGGAUGGAAGAAGCUCUCUGGUGAUGAUGUCGGAGAGAUGCACUAUUCAUACUAUCCCGUUGAACCCACCACGGUGGAGCAAGAGAUGGCUGAUGUACCAAUUGCAUGAGGGCGGGACAGGAGUUAGUGUCUUUAGAUGCCAUUCCUCAUUUUCUUCUGUAACUCUUGUUUUAACUCUUGAAACCUAAAUCUGCUUGUUAUGCUUCUUGACACAUAAUUCUGGCAAUUGAUCAUGUUAUACUUCAUCA